ACAGAGCGAGAGAGAGAGAAGGAUUCAAACUUCCGGUCGUGUGUCAUGGCGGCGCGGUGGAGUAUACUUGAAGCGAAAAAGCUAAACCCUGCCACUUAUGCUUUUUCGCUGUGAAAUUUUGCGUGGUCUUGGGCUGGUUAGUGUGCUGCAUUAGACGAAGCGGUUCGGAUUUGGGACUGCCAGGCGAGGGAGCGCCUGCAGUUUGCAUCCGCCUGACCAUGGCGGCACACAAGCCCGUGGAGUGGGUCCAGGCCGUAAUUAACCGAUUCGACGAGCAGCUUCCUAUUAAGACAGGACAGCAGAACACUCACACCAAAGUCAGCACAGAGCACAACAAGGAAUGCUUGAUCAACAUUUCCAAAUACAAGUUUUCCCUCGUCAUCAAUGGCCUGACCAACAUCCUCAAAAAUGUUAACAAUAUGCGGAUAAUUGGCGAAGCUGCCGAAAAGAACCUCUACCUCUCGCAGCUUAUCAUCCUGGACACGCUGGAGAAGUGCUUGGCAGGGCAAACCAAGGACUGCUUGCGUCUAGAUGAGGCCAUGCUGGUGAAGCAGUUGCUCCCUGAGAUCUGCCACUUCCUGCACUCAUGUCGUGAGGGGCAGCAACACGCCAACCAGCUGCGCAGCUCUGCCUCAGCCGUGCUCUUUUCUCUUAGCUGCAACAACUUCAAUGCCGUCUUCAGUCGCAUCUCCACAAGAUUACAGGAGCUUACGGUUUGCACAGAAGAUACUGUAGAUGUCCACGACAUAGAGCUUAUUCAGUACAUCAAUGUUGACUGCUCCAAGUUAAAGAGAUUACUGCAAGAAACUGUAUUAAAGUUUAAAGCUUUGAAGAAGCCUGCACAGCUUGCUGUCAUCAACAGUUUGGAGAAGGCUUUCUGGAACUGGGUGGAGUAUUAUCCUGAUGAAUUUACCAUGCUCUACCAGAGACCGCAGGCUGAUAUGGCGGACUCUGCAGAGAAGUUAUUUGACCUGGUAGACAGUUUUGCAGAGAGUGCAAAGAGGAAAGCUGCUGUGUGGCCGCUGCAAAUUAUCCUUCUCAUUCUCUGUCCUGAGAUCACACAGAGCAUCUCUAAAGAAGUGGUGGAGGAGAGCAAGGCUAACAAGAAGUUGUUUUUGGAGAGUCUAAGAAAGGCCCUGGCUGGUCACAGUAGCAGUAAGCAGUUGACUGAGAGUGCAGCCAUUGCCUGUGUGAAACUGUCUAAAGCCUGCACAUACAUUAACUGGGAGGAUCAUUCCGUCAUCUUCCUUCUGGUGCAGUCUAUAGUAAUGGACCUCAAAGCUCUCCUGUUCAACCCCACCAAGCCGUUCUCCAGGGGCACCGGGUGCCAGAGUGCUGACGUGGACCUGAUGAUCGACUGCUUUGUGUCCUGCUUCCGCAUCAGCCCACACAACAACCAGCACUUCAAGGUCUGUCUGGCGUCCACCUCCCCUCCCACCUUCCAUUUUGUCCUGGUCAACUCUCUGCACAAAAUCAUUACUAAUUCUCACUUGGAUUGGUGGCCAAAGAUUGACACAAUCUACUGCUACUCUGGAGAACUGCGUGCCAUGUUUGCCGAGACGCAGGCCAGAGUCGUCCAGAGCCUUAGUGCCCACCCACCAUUAAGGAUGACACCAAGUUUGACAUUCAAAGAGAAGAUGACAACCAGCCUGAAGUUUAAAGAAAAGUCUGCAGACCUGGACUCACGCUCUCUUCUUCUGGCUUUGGUGAAACUCAUCCAUGCUGACCCCAAACUAAUGCUACAUAACCCAGGGAAGCAGGGCCAGGAGAUCCAGAACAGCACAGCUGAACUCAUCAUAGGUCUGGUCCAGCUUGUGCCUCUUACACAUACUUCAGAGCUCUCCCAGGAAGCCAUGGAGGCACUUUUGGUGUUGCAUCAACCCGAGACCAUUGAGCUGUGGAACCCUGAUACUCCAAUUGAGACCUUCUGGGACAUCAGCUCUCAGGUCCUGUUCCUUAUCUGUAAGAAGUUGAUCGGCCACCAGAUGAUCAACAGCACAGAGAUCUUGAAGUGGCUGAGGGAGAUUCUCAUCUGCAGGAACAAGUUCCUCCUGAAGAACAAAGAGAGUGCCACACAGGGGAGUCUAAUCCCCAUCAGCAGACAAGCACAGACCAAGCUGGAAGUGUGCCUGUAUUCAUUUCUGUGGAGCCCAGACGCUGAGGCUGUGCUAGUGGCCAUGUCCUGCUUCCGGCACCUGUGUGAGGAGGCGGACAUCCGCUGCAGUGUGGAUGAGCUGCCUGUACACACAGUCCUGCCCAACUACAAUACUUUCAUGGAGCUUGCCUCCGUCAGCAACAUGAUGGCCACAGGUCGCUCUACCCUACAGAAGAGAGUGAUGGCACUGUUAAGGAGAAUAGAGCAUCCUACAGCUGGCAACAUAGAGGCUUGGGAGGACACGCAUGCUAAAUGGGAACAAGCAACCAAACAAAUUCUAAACCAUCCAAAGAACAAAGUUGAAGAUGGUCAGGAGUGGAUCAACAUGACAGGCUUCCUGUGUGCUCUGGGUGGAGUGUGUCUGCAGCAGCGCAGUACUCCCAGCCUUGGUACCUACAGUCCACCAAUGGGGCCAAUGAGUGAGCGCAAGGGCUCCAUGAUCUCUAUGGGCUCGUGUGAAGUGAACAGUGAGACACCUCUCAGCAGGUUCCUGGAGAGGCUGCUGUCCCUCAUGGUGUGCACUCAUGAGAAAGUGGGUUUGCACAUCCGCACCAAUGUUAAAGAUCUCUUGGGACUGGAGCUGAGCCCGGCCUUGUACUCUAUGCUGUUUACCAAACUGCGUAACAGCAUCGGACGUUUCUUUGACACCCAAGGGCCGGUACCGAUAAAUGACACAAAUACAUUAUUUGUGGAGCAGACUAUAGCCAUCAUGAAGAACCUCCUGGACAGCCACACUGAGGGCAGCUCUGAGCACCUUGGUCAGGCCAGCAUUGAGACCAUGAUGCUCAACUUGGUCAGAUAUGUGCGCAUUUUAGGGAAUGGGGUUCAUGCAAUACAGAUUAAGACUAAACUUUGUCAACUCGUGGAGGUUAUGAUGGAACGCAGAGAUGAUCUGUCUUUUUGCCAAGAAAUGAAAUUCAGGAAUAAGAUGGUGGAGUACCUGACUGACUGGGUGAUGGGCACCUCCAAUCAGGCAGCAGAUGAUGAUGUCAAAUAUCUCACACGGGACCUUGACCAGGCCAGUAUGGAGGCAGUGGUGUCUCUGCUGGCUGGUUUACCUCUACAGCCUGAAGAAGGAGAUGGAGUGGAGCUGAUGGAGGCCAAGUCUCAACUAUUUCUGAAGUAUUUCACUCUGUUCAUGAACCUCCUGAAUGACUGCAGUGAGGUUGAGGAAGAUGGGCAGCAGGUGGGCGAGAGAAAGCGGGGCAUGUCCCGACGCCUUGCCUCCCUACGCCAUUGCACCGUACUCGCCAUGUCCAACUUGCUCAAUGCCAAUGUGGACAGUGGCCUCAUGCACUCUAUAGGUCUAGGCUACCACAAAGACUUACAGACCAGAGCUACAUUCAUGGAGGUGCUGACUAAGAUCCUGCAGCAAGGCACGGAGUUUGACACUCUGGCCGAGACUGUUCUGGCCGACCGCUUUGAGAGGCUUGUGGAGCUUGUCACCAUGAUGGGGGAUCAGGGGGAGCUUCCCAUUGCCAUGGCACUGGCCAAUGUGGUGCCCUGCUCGCAGUGGGAUGAGCUAGCCAGGGUGUUGGUGACGCUGUUUGACUCCAGGCACCUGCUCUACCAGCUGCUCUGGAAUAUGUUCUCUAAAGAAGUGGAGCUGGCUGACUCCAUGCAGACUCUCUUCAGAGGCAACAGUCUGGCUAGCAAGAUCAUGACCUUCUGCUUCAAGGUGUAUGGAGCUGCUUAUCUUCAGAAGCUGCUUGAGCCUCUGAUGCGAGGCGUCAUCACGUCUCCUGAGUGGCAGCACAUCAGCUUUGAGGUUGACCCCACCAGACUAGAGCCUCCUGAAAAUCUGGAGGAGAACCAACGGAACCUGCUGCAGAUCACAGACCGUUUCUUUCUGGCCAUCAUUAACUCCUCCAGCGAGUUUCCUCCUCAGCUGCGAAGCGUAUGCCACUGUUUGUACCAGGCUACUUGCCACUCCCUACUGAAUAAAGCCACUGUUAAAGAAAAAAAGGAAAACAAAAAAUCCGUGGUGAGCCAGCGAUUUCCCCAAAACAGCAUCGGCGCCGUUGGUAGUGCCAUGUUUCUGCGAUUCAUUAACCCUGCCAUAGUCUCUCCAUACGAAGCAGGCAUCUUGGAUAAGAAGCCUCCUCCUCGGAUUGAGCGGGGCCUCAAACUAAUGUCUAAAAUACUCCAGAGCAUUGCAAAUCAUGUUCUCUUUACCAAGGAAGAGCAUAUGAGGCCAUUUAAUGAUUUUGUGAAAAACAACUUUGAGGCAGCAAGGAGAUUUUUCUUGGACAUAGCAUCUGACUCUCCUCCGAGUGAUUCAGUCAAUCAUAGCCUUUCCUUUAUCAGUGACGGUAAUGUGCUCGCACUGCACCGCUUGCUCUGGAACAAUCAGGAGAGGAUUGGGCAGUAUUUAUCCAGUAACAGGGACCACAAGGCUGUUGGUAGAAGACCCUUUGAUAAAAUGGCUACACUCCUGGCAUAUCUUGGUCCCCCUGAGCACAAACCUGUAGCAGAUACACACUGGUCCAGUCUCAACCUAACCAGUUCUAAGUUUGAGGAGUUCAUGACCAGGCAUCAGGUCCAUGAAAAAGAAGAAUUCAAAGCUCUGAAGACACUUAACAUCUUUUACCAGGCAGGAACAUCUAAGAACGGCAACCCUGUCUUCUAUUACAUUGCCCGAAGGUUCAAAACAGGGCAGAUCAAUGGUGACCUCCUAAUCUACCAUGUUCUACUCACACUCAAACCAUACUACGCUAAACACUACGAGAUAGUCGUGGACCUCACCCAUGUUGGCCCUAGCAACCGCUUCAAGACUGACUUCCUCUCCAAGUGGUUUGUUGUGUUUCCAAACUUUGCAUAUGAGAACGUGGCAGCCGUCUUUAUCUAUAACUGCAACACCUGGGUGCGGGAAUACACCAAAUACCAUGAGCGGCUGCUGACUGGUCUAAAAGGCAGUAAGAAGCUGUUGUUUAUUGACUCGCCCGCACGUCUUGCUGAAUAUGUGGAACCUGACCAGCAGAAGCUUCCUGCUUCAACCCUGGCCCUGGAGGAGGACCUCAAAGUUUUCCAUAAUGCACUUAAGCUUGCUCACAAAGACACAAAAGUGUCAAUUAAGGUUGGCUCCACAGCUGUUCAAGUGACCUCAGCUGAGCGUACCCGUGUUCUGGGCCAGUCAGUCUUCCUCAACGAUAUCUACUAUGCCUCCGAGAUCGAAGAGAUCUGCCUUGUUGAUGAAAACCAAUUCACGCUGACUAUCGCCAACCAAGGCACGCCCCUCACCUUUAUGCACCAGGAAUGUGAUGCCAUAGUGCAGUCUAUCAUCCAUAUCCGUACACGCUGGGAGCUCUCUCAGCCCGACUCUAUCCCACAGCACACCAAAAUCAGGCCUAAAGAUGUGCCUGGAACCUUACUCAACAUUGCACUCCUCAACUUGGGCAGUUCCGACCCCAGCCUGAGGUCAGCAGCGUACAACCUUUUGUGUGCCUUAACCUGCACCUUCAACCUCAAAAUUGAAGGGCAACUCCUGGAAACGUCUGGCUUGUGCAUCCCGGCCAACAACACGCUUUUCAUCGUGUCCAUCAGUAAGACACUAGCUGCCAAUGAACCCCACCUAACCCUGGAGUUUCUGGAAGAAUGCAUCAGUGGUUUCAGCAAGUCAAGUAUUGAACUGAAGCACCUAUGUCUGGAAUACAUGACUCCUUGGUUGCGCAACCUGGUGCGCUUCUGUAAGCACAAUGAUGAUGCCAAGCGGCAACGCGUAACUGCCAUUCUGGAUAAGUUGAUCACCAUGACCAUCAAUGAGAAGCAAAUGUAUCCAUCAAUUCAGGCUAAGAUCUGGGGCAGCCUUGGCCAGAUAUCAGACCUGCUAGAUGUGGUGUUGGACAGCUUCAUAAAAACGAGUGCUACUGGGGGCCUGGGUUCAAUCAAAGCUGAAGUAAUGGCGGAUACAGCUGUGGCUUUGGCAUCUGGAAACGUUAAAUUGGUUUCAAGCAAGGUGAUUGGCCGAAUGUGCAAGAUAAUUGACAAGACGUGUCUGUCUCCCACCCCUACUCUGGAGCAGCACCUAAUGUGGGACGAUAUCGCCAUCCUGGCACGCUACAUGCUAAUGCUCUCCUUUAAUAACUCUCUGGAUGUAGCGGCACACUUGCCUUACCUCUUCCACGUGGUCACUCUGCUGGUAGCUACAGGACCCCUGUCUCUCAGAGCCUCCACCCACGGCCUUGUCAUUAACAUCAUCCACUCUCUGUGUACCUGUUCCCAGCUCAACUUCAGUGAGGAGACUAAACAGGUGCUGCGACUGAGUCUCACCGAAUUCUCCUUGCCCAAGUUCUACCUGCUGUUUGGCAUCAGUAAGGUCAAAUCAGCGGCGGUCAUAGCUUUCCGCUCCAGCUACAGAGAUCGCUCGUUCUCUCCAGGCUCUUAUGAAAGAGAGACUUUUGCCCUGUCCUCUCUAGAGACAGUCACUGAAGCCCUGCUGGAAAUUAUGGAGGCUUGUAUGAGGGACAUUCCUGGAUGCAAAUGGUUAGACCAGUGGACAGAAUUAGCUCAGAAAUUUGCUUUCCAGUAUAACCCAUCUCUACAGCCACGGGCACUGGUAGUGUUUGGCUGCAUCAGUAAACGUGUAACUCAUGGUCAGAUGAAACAGAUCAUCCGGAUCCUUAGCAAGGCCAGUCCUCUGCUCAGCAUUGACCGGGGGCUGGAGAGCUGCUUAAAGGGGCCGGAUAAUUACAACAGUCAGGUUCUCAUUGAAGCCACUGUCAUCGCUCUGACCAAGCUACAACCCCUCCUCAGUCAGGACUCUCCCAUGCACAAGGCUCUGUUCUGGGUGGCAGUAGCAGUGCUGCAGCUAGAUGAGGUAAAUCUGUACUCAGCUGGGACUGCACUGCUGGAGCAGAACCUGCACACGCUUGACAGCCUCCGGGUGUUUAAUGACAAGAGUCCUGAAGAGGUCUUCAUGGAGAUCCGGAAGCCCCUAGAAUGGGAUUGUAAACAAAUGGACCAUUUCGUCGGCCUUAACUUCAACUCCAACUUCAAUUUUGCACUAGUGGGGCAUCUGCUGAAAGGUUACAGACACCCAUCCUCGACUACAGUGGCAAGAACGGUGCGUAUCCUCCACACGCUCCUGGGUCUAGUGGGCAAACACCGCAACUGUGACAAAUUUGAGGUGAACACUCAGAGUGUGGCCUACCUGGCAGCUCUGCUCACGGUGUCAGAGGAGGUACGCAGUCGCUGCAGUCUCAAACACAGGAAGUCUUUGCUUCUUUCGGAUGUUACCAUGGAGAACUUCCCUGUGGACACUUACUCAGUUUAUCACCCCGAGCCUGGAUGCAGGCCUCUGAAGGAGAGUCAGCCAUGGACAUCACCCAAAGUAUCAGAACGCUACCUGGCAGCGUAUUAUCCCACAAUGGGGCAGACCAGCCCACGUACACGCAAGUCCAUGAGUGUGGAUAUGGGGCAGCCCUCACAAGCCAAUGCCAAGAAACUACUGGGCACCAGGAAGAGUUUUGACCAUCUGAUAUCAGACUCCAAAGCACCAAAGAGACCAGAGAUGGAAUCAGGCAUCACCACUCCUCCGAAGAUAAGGCGGGUGGCUGAGAAUGACUAUGACAUUGAAACACAAAGAAUAGCCAACUCCCAUUUGCGCAAGGUUUCUGUUUCUGAGUCCAAUGUGCUGCUGGAUGAGGAGGUGCUCACUGACCCCAAGAUCCAAAUGCUGCUCCUUACUGUGCUGGCCACACAAGUAAAGUACUCGACUGAUGAGUUUCACCAGAGGAUUCUGUAUGAGUAUUUGGCUGAAGCCAGUGUGGUCUUUCCAAAGGUGUUCCCAGUGGUGCACAAUCUGUUGGAUUCCAAGAUCAGUACACUGCUGUCCAUGUGCCAGGACCCCAACCUCCUGAACCCUGUCCAUGGAAUCGUCCAGAGCGUGGUCUAUCAUGAGGAGUCUCCCCCCCAAUACCAGCCCUCCUGUCUGCAGAGCUUCGGGUUUAAUGGACUUUGGAGGUUUGCCGGCCCCUUUUCUAAGCAAACCCAAAUCCCAGAUUAUGCUGAACUAGUGGUCAAGUUCCUGGAUGCUCUGAUUGAUACUUACCUACCGGGUAUUGAAGAGGAAGGAGGCGAGGAGUCGCAGCGAACACCAACCUCUCCAUAUCCACCCAUCGUUCAGAGCCAGCUGAGCAUCACUGCCAACCUCAACUUGUCCAACUCCAUGACCUCAUUGGCGACCUCGCAGCACUCACCAGAGGGCCCAAUAGUUUAUAGACGCUCCCCAACUUUGUCCCAUGCCAGGACAGCAGAAGAGAUGCCACCGAAAUCUUCUGCUUCUUUGCCUUGCUCUAAGUCAGCUGUGUUCCCACCACACCUCGUCUCCCCAGGUAUUGAUAAGGAGAACGUGGAGCUGUCGCCCACCUCCAGCCUGUGCAGCAGCGGCAGAGCGCGCCACGGUUCAGCCAGCCAGGUGCAGAAACAGAGAAGCACUGGCAGUUUCAAACGCACCAGCAUCAAGAAGAUCGUCUGAGCGCGCUCUGAGACCUGACUUGGCAUUCAGGAGGCUGCAUUAACCAUCCUUCAUAAACUGUUUCCGUUCCACGUUCUCCAGUCUAAGAUGGUUCCUGCAUAUGAGAAUUGCUUUAGUUCGACCUUAGUUUGGUGUGGAAGCCAGAAGACUAGUGUUUACCUGUGCCGGGAUGUUUGCAUGAGCGGAGUGUGAUCUCAGCACUAAUGUUUAGAAUCAAUCAAGAUGCUUUUACGGGCGCAUGAAGAGAAGUUUGUAAACCUUGCAGUUCAUAUCCUUUUCCACCCCACUGACUUUUCAGCUUCCGCUCUGAAAGUCGGGGGAACAAGAAGGAACCCACAUGGUUAUUAAGACAGUGUCUGCGAAUGUAAUCUUUAGUAUCAGCAGAAGAUUAUACAGACUGUAGAACAAGGCACCAGCUUGCUCUAAAACGUUCAGAGAAUUCGGGGCAAAACAUCUGAAGGUCUGUAAUGGUGGGUGAAGUCUGAAAAGACUAUAAAAUCAGUGGCAGACUUAAAUAACCACUACAACACCUGACCAAUCUGACUGUGGAGAACAAAGGCCUCAAAGUCAGGAUUUACCUGGGUCCAUUUAUCCUGGAUGAUUGAAUCCGUAGGUCCUCAGAGACCCUGUUAUCAACAAGCUUGAAAUCCAGACUGCGAUCGGACGUCAUCCUGAUGCCGAGCAGAUGUAUAUAUGGAAACGAUGUGUAUGAUGAUGACAACGAUGCUCACACAUUUUGGGUUGUUGUUUUUGUCCAUUGUGUGCCUUUGUCAGGUCUACCAGCUGUGUAUACUUUGUAAGAUAAGCUGAAGAAGGGGAAAAACAGGUACUAAUUAUUGAGAAAUGUUCUUCAUGUUAUACAUACGUCCAUACAUCGCUGCACUGUAAAACAAAAAAAAAAAAAAAAAUCAUAUCUUUAAAUAUAUAGGUAUCAUUACUUGCUGCAUUUACUGUACAUAUUUAUUCUGUGAAGUUAGCUAACUCAAAAUCAGUGAAGGUAUCCCUUAUAAUCACUGAUGUCUUUAUAACCAUCUGUCAUUCAAAUAAUAAUAUUGAUAAGAACAAUAAUAUCGACGAGUGCUAUAUGGCUAAAUUCCCAUUAUACUGAGCAUAGCAAAAUGACAUUUGGAAGCUAAAGUAAUUUCAAAUGACUUCUCAAAUAUAUAGUGUCCGUAUCUCUUAAAUGUUUGUGUGAUUGAAGGGCAAAAGACAGAAAGGGAUGGAGUAUGUGCUCUGCUGUUGGUACCCCUUCAGUCAGAAGGCAUUUAGCAAAGCAGUCCAGAGGUCCCUGGACACUGCAAGCGAGUCAUGGUGACACAGAUUGCAGUAAGGAGAGUAGGACAUGUUUUCCUUCAUGACUGGUGAACAUGUCUUAUAACAUUCAUAUGGCCUGUGUUCUUUUACAUGUUCCAUGCCAUCAUAUGAAAGGCUCUCAUCUAUAUGUACAUACAUGUGUGUUGUCCCUGCAUUAGGACAUUUUCACCUACAAAUACCACUACAGUGGAGACUCCAAAAUGCAUUAAAUGAAAAGGUCAAGGCCCGAGGAGGUUUGCUGAUUAUGUGCAAUAUUCUCUAAGAUAUUCCUACAGCCCUGUCCCUCUUUUUUUUUCUUUUUUUAAAGAGGAAACGGUUAAAAUUAUUUUGUCAAUUUACCGUGGUAUUUUUUUUUUUUCCUUUUCUUUUUGUCUUGACUGUUUUAAAGGGAAAUUUAACACUAAAAAGGGCAACUACCAAAUGCAUUACCCAGUUCUUGUUUAAGAAAACCAAAGUUUUUUUUUUUUCUUUUUUUCUUUUUUUUCUUCUUCUUCAUUAAGAUCCAGUGGUAAGUUUAUUUAACCACUAUACCUGUUUUCAACCACUCAACCUUGAACAAAUGGCUUUAAACAAUUUACUCCGGUCAUGUGAGUGUUGUUCAUUAUUAAUAACAGAGGCUCAUGCUUUGCUUUUUGUAUCGGGACCAAACCUGUCUUGCAGUUAUUUUCAUCAUUUUUUUUUUUUUU